AUGACUUCAUUUACACUUAAAGAGGGCCACGACACGGUUCUUCCUAUUGUUUGUAAUGAGCUUACGGAAUCUGGCCCUGGAUCGAUGGUUUCAUGUGCCAUCAACACUAUACACAAGUUAACUUUAACCUUGGUUCGACGGGAUGCGCACCUCGUGGUGAAUGUCCAUAUCGCCAAGGAAGUGUGUCAGAAGUGUAAUGAUGGCAAAUAUAUCAUUCCCUAUGAAUCCAUGCACAUCGUUUCGCAUAGAAAUUCCAUGAGACCCUUUCGUAGCGUUUACAUGAAAGCGAAUGAAUUUUACAAAGAUGGUGUUAAAGUUUCUUCUGACGUUGAGCUCUGGGCACACCGAUCCAUCCUGUGCAGAUACAAACCUUUUGUCGACAUUAUUAAAAGAGUCCCCAAGCCUACCAAGCUAUCCUGGAUAAAAGAUACUAAUGAUAUGAGAACAACCGAGGAAACAUUGUAUAGCACCUGUUCGACUGAGACCAAUGAAAACUUCGAUAACAACCCGAGCGAUUUCGCUGUAGUGGUUGUGCAAAAGUUUUCUGCAGCUACGAUCUGCGCCAUGCUAUUAUACAUUUAUACUGGAGAGGUUAAUCUUGCUGUUGACACUGGUAAAUUUGCCAUCAGCAAGGGCAACAGUUGCUUGAGGGUCAGCAGUUCUCAAGGACAAUACGCCAAAGCCAUUGCACCACAUUCUUUAGAGUCAGACGUGGUCUGGGGUUUUAAGGAUGCGACAUGGGCGGAGUUAUUGGCCGCAGCGGAGGAAUAUGGUGUGGCGGAUCUUAAAGAACGCUGUGAGCGAGAAAUAUGCGAUGACAUCAAUGAGUCGAAUGCUUUUGAGCUCUUGUUCAAAGUGGGUACUCGGUUCGAAGAGGUCAAGAAUUCAGUCAUUGCCUAUAUCGUGUUCAACAUGGAUUCGAUGUUUCCAAAAGACAGCGAUCCAUUUGCUCCCUACAAGGAUCAUCCUUCCUGUCAUGACAUGAUGCUGGAAGUGAUGCGUCAACGAGCCGAGUAUGACCCCUAA